UUCAAUCUCUGAUUGUCAGCUGAAUCCAGGCGAAGUGGAUUAUGAAUUUGAAUUUAACGAAUUUCCUGAGGUUUGAUUUACAUAAGAUUAGUAUGAUUUUUCUUUCAGUAAUUUGUAUAGCAUUGUGUAGUUGAAAAAUUGCUGAACAUUGACUGUGAAAGUAACACGUUAACAUGAAUCUGUACAUUCAAUGUAUUAGUUGUGAUUAAUUAACUGGAAUUUAUAGUAGACGCUCGGGUGUAGAUCAAUUCUUCUUUGGGUGUAUUUUAGCUAGAAGUGUGGGUGUAUCUACACUUUACUGGUUUUUUGUUAUUUUAAUUGAGUUGUUGUUGUUCAGGUGUAUUAUAUCAGACAUGAUUGGGUGUGUUUUUAGUUUUUGACAUGGUGUAUUCUGCAGCCUGAGUAUUUACAGUUUAUGGCUUUAAAGGUCAUUCUGUAGUUGAGUUGUUGCGGUUCGGGUGUAUCAUAUUAGACAUGAUUGGGUGUAUUUGAAUGAUAUCUAUGGGUGUAUUCACAGUUCUGACACGAUGUAUUUUGCAGCCUCUCUCGGUUGUUGAUGACGAGCUUGUUCCGAAGGUCGGAAUGACCUUUACCACCCUUGAAGAUGCUGGAAAAUUUUACAGGAACUACGCCAAGGCUGCAGGUUUCUCUACAAGAGUUCGGUGCACAAAUAGGAAGGGAAACGAGAUUAAGAAUCAACUGAUUACAUGUAGCAGAGAGGGAAAAUGGAGAUCUAAAAUAUCUCCAACCGAGAAGACCAAUCCGACAGCCGGUUUAAACUGUCCUGCAAGAAUUUAUAUACACACAUUGAAGGAUGUCGGUGCUUGGAUCAUUUCAAAGGUUGUGCUGGAUCAUUCACACACCUGCUGUCCAAGCAAAGUAGAGAUGCUCAAAUAGCACAGGGAACUAACCAUGUCCAUUCGUCGUACGAUAGAGAAUAACGAGGAGGCCGAUAUCAGACCAAGCAAAACCUACCAAUCAUUUGUUGCCGCUGCCGGGGGUCACCGCGAGUUAAAUUUUAUCGAAAAGGACGUGAGGAAUUACAUUACCAGGGAAGUGCGGAAUGUUUCCGAACAAGAAGAUGCAAAGGAAUUCGGGAAAUAUUUCUUAAGAAUGAAAGAGAAGAAUCCGAAUUUCUUUUUUGAGCUCGAACUUGAGGAGGAUCAAUCGAUUAAGCUGGCUUUUUGGGCCGAUGCAAGAAGCAGAGCCGCCUUUGAGUAUUUCGGAGACGUCAUUUCAUUCGACACCACCUACAAUACAAACAGGUAUAAUUUGGUCUGUGGUUCUUUUGUCGGGGUGAAUCACCAAGGUCAGUCAACACUUCUCGGAUGCUCUUUGAUGAAGAACGAAGAAAUUGAAUCAUUCAAAUGAUUAUUUCAAUGCUGGCUUCAUUGCAUGGGAGGAAACGCUCCGAAAGGGUUUCUCACCGAUCAUUGUGCAUCAAUGAAAAGGGCUUUAGAGGCCUGUAUGCCAACAACAGUUCACCGCUGGUGUAUUUGGCACAUCAUGAAGAAGAUUCCAAGCAAAUUAAACGGGUACAAGGGACAUGCCGAUAUCGAACAAGAAAUGAGCCAUGUUGUUUGGAACUCUCAUAGCAAAGACUCAUUCGAUAGGAAUUGGAACGAUUUUCUGCUGAAUUUUGGUCUUACGGACAACAAGUGGCUUUCAGAUCUAUACGAAGACCGUCACAUAUGGGUUCCUAUCUAUCUGGAUCACCACUUCUGGGCAGGGAUGAGAAGCACACAAAGGAGCGAGAGCAUGCAUUCAUUUUUUAACAAGUACAUCACCCGGAACAGCUUGCUUAUUCAGUUCGUCAAGCAAUACGAUAAUUGCCUCGGAAGCGGGGAGCAAGCUGAGAGAGAAUCAGAUGCUGCAGAUUUUCAUACGGUCAUACCGUGUGCAACCAAAUCCUGCAUUGAAGCUCAGUUUCAAGAUGCAUACACUCAUGCAAAGUUUAGGGAAGUCCAAGCGCAAUUCAGAGGAAAGGCGAAUUGCAUCACCAGAUUAAAGAAUUUCGCUCUAGGCUAUUCAAUAUACGAAGUCGGAGAACAAGUUUCCAGCUCAAUAUUCAACAAGUUCGUAGUUACCUACGACUCAGUUGCAGCCGAGGUAAAAUGCCAAUGCUUAUUAUUCGAGUCGAGAGGGAUACUGUGCCGUCACGCACUAAGCGUGUUAAGCUUCGAACAAGUAAGCCAAGUGUCUCCUAGAUAUAUACUGGAACGAUGGAGCAAGAAGGUAAAGAGGCGACACACACACCAAGAGCAGCCACGACGAGCCACUAAUGGAGCCAAGAAGCAAGAGGUUCGACCAAUUGGUUUUUCGUUCGCAAAAUAUUUGCGAAUUUGCCUCCGAAUCGGAGGAGCUGACUGCAAUUCUACACCGUGCGUACGAUAACGUCAUGGCCGAGAUGGAAGCAUUAAAAGCCAAAAGGAAGGGGAGAUCUUCUUUAUCCCACAAAGACGCCAACUUGGAAUCCGUUAACGAGCUUCAAAGCCCGCCAAGGAUUCGAACAAGAGGACAUCCAAAAAACAGGCUAGGUUCAAAGCUGGAGAAACAGAUUGCAAAUGCCACAAAGAAGAAGAAGACGAAAGUUUUAAGCGAGAUAAACGUGUUUGAUGCUGCAUCAGCGGCGCAUUCAAAUUCCAACCAAUAUCAAGGGCACAUUAUGAAUUAUCAGCUCAGGGUACCAGCAGCAGGGGAUAACUCGUUGGGUGUAUAGUUUUAUAGAAUAUGGGUGUAAAAUCACUGUUUCUUUUGGGUGUAUUUUUGUUAAUUCACAAUUUACAUAUAGACACAUAUAUAGAUACAUAUAGAACAAAAGCUGUAAAAAUUCGCAGGUUAUGGGUGUAUAUUUCAUUUGAUGUUUUUCUUCAUAUUUUAGUACAUGUAAUUCAUACAUUUUGAAUACAGCGCAGACA